CACGGGUGACGACGGUAAACACCUUCGCGUUCAUGGAGAGAGCUGAACGACAAAAGACCAAGCUGAUCACUAACCAGCCCUACGACGAAAGCUUGGAGGUGAAUGAUUCGGAAGAGGUCGCCAGUGUGUACACUCCAACUCCUCGGCAGACAGUAUCUCGAAAGUCUAGGAGGCAGCAACGCGCCAUGGCCAACAACAGCAGUGAUGAGGAUAGCAAGCCCAGAAAGAAAGAUUCCCAGCCAGCCCCACAACAGGGCUUGAGUGAGAAUGAAGAAGAUGAGGAGGAUGAUGACGACGACGAUUCUGAUGAGACAGAGUCUGACGAAGACGAAGGGGAGCCUGGGUCUGCCCCUGAAGGGGCUUAUGACCCCGCAGAUUAUGAGCACCUUCCUGUGACUGCUGAGAUCAAAGAGCUGUUCCAGUACAUCACACGGUACACUCCACAGACUAUUGAGCUUGACCACAAGCUGAAACCAUUCAUUCCUGACUUCAUCCCUGCAGUGGGUGACAUUGACGCCUUCCUCAAGGUUCCUCGGCCAGAUGGCAAACUGGACAACCUGGGUCUGCUGGUUCUGGACGAGCCCUGCACCAAACAGUCAGACCCGACUGUGCUGUCUCUGUGGCUCUCAGAGAACAGCAAGCAGCACAACGUCACGGAGGUGAAAGUGAAAAGUCUGGAGAACCCGGAGAAAAACCCGAAAGCAAUCGAUAACUGGAUCGAGAGCAUCGGAGAGUUACACCGCUCCAAGCCCCCUGCCACCGUACACUACACCAGGCCCAUGCCUGACAUUGACACUCUGAUGCAAGAAUGGCCCCCUGAAUUUGAGGAGCUGCUUGGGAAAGUGAGCUUGCCCACAGCGGACAUAAACUGUGACUUGGGAGAGUACAUUGACAUCAUCUGUGGCAUCUUGGACAUCCCUGUCUAUAAGAGUCGAAUUCACUCCCUCCAUGUGCUGUUCACCCUCUAUUCUGAAUUCAAAAACUCACAGCACUUCAAAGCCUUGGCGGAGGGCCAGAAGUCUGACACGCCGUCAGCGCCCCGCUCGGGCACGGGGGAACCGGAGACACUGACGCUCGACUGAGAAGGGGGCCGUGCCUGCCCAACCCCCCCACUCACUGCACCGUGCGGAACACACAGCCCCUGCAGGGUGGGGUCAGUCCAUUCUGCUAACGGAUGCACUACCAACAGAUGUGUUGUGUGUCAGACACUGGGGUUUGAUGGACAAGCAUGGAAGAUGGAGGGGGAACCGGGCCAUCGAUGCACAAGAGCUUUAUAGAAAAGCAACACCAAUAUUCUUACAUAUCCUGAAGACUCUUCUAAUUGUUGGUCCUUUCUCAUAAAAAUAUCAGUGUAAUAUUCUGCUUUAUUCUCCCUUAUU